ACGCAAGACACGCGGACAGUGCAGACAGUGCGGUCAGUCAGGGAGAGAGAGAGCGCGAGAGGAGGCCGCAGGCCCGACACGGACCCCCGAGACCCCGACACGGACCCCCGAGACCCCGACACGGACCCACAGAGACCCCGACAGACGCUAACGCCGAGGCCCCAGGACGGACGCCUUUAGAGACCCCUUGAAGACCCCGCUUGGCCUGGCGGCUCGCCCCCGGCUGCCAUGGUUCGGCCCUGCGGCUCCGUGGCCGGGAUUUGCCGCCUCCUGCGCGGAGGAGCGGGGCGAGGGAUCGGGACCCCAGGGCCCCUGAGAGAGUUCUGCACUGCGGGGCCCCCCGGGGUGCGCUCCCCCACCGCGGCGGCUGCCGCGUCGCGCCUCUGCAGCUCCGUGCUAGAGUCGUACGAGCGCUUCUGCUCCCGUCCCCCCAAAGGGUUCGAAAAAUACUUCCCGGGGGGAAACAAACCCGACGGCAAGACCAACGCACCGGCCAGCAAGCCCGAGGCGGAGAACAGUGCCGGGGCGGCACGGAGAACCAAGAGCAGCAGCGGAGGUGAUGGGGGCGGCAGCGGCGGCGGUGGGAACGGUGACGGGGGCGCCGGAGGAGGAAGAAAGGGUGGAGGUCGCAAGGACGACUCGUGGUACUCCAGGGUGCAGAAGGGCGAGUUCCCGUGGGACGACAAGGAGUUCCGCUCAUACCUGUUCCUGACCGCGGCGGCAUGGGCCGGCGGCAUCUACUACUUCUUCCUACGCGACGUCUACCGCGAGAUCAGCUGGAAGGAGUUCCUCAACCUCUACCUCGCCAAAGGCGCCGUCGAGCGGCUGGAGGUAGUGAAUAAGCACUACGUGAGAGUCGUCCUCCACCCCGACCAGGCUAGUCUUGAUGGGGCCCAGCUGUGGUUCACCAUCGGCAGUGUGGACACGUUUGAGCGGAACCUGGAGACGGUGCAGCAGGAGAUGGGGCUGGAGCCCGAGCAACGCGCGUCGGUCAUCUACACCACGCAGUCCGACGGCUCGUUCCUGCUCAGCAUGCUGCCCACGGUCCUCAUCAUCGGGCUGCUUCUCUUCUCCAUGCGCCGGGGCCCCAUGGGCGCGCGGCGUGGGGGCCGUGGCAUGGGCGGCCUCUUCAGCGUGGGGGAGACCACGGCCAAGGUGAUGCGCGACGAGAUUGACGUGACCUUCAAGGACGUGGCCGGGUGCGAGGAGGCGAAGGUGGAGAUCAUGGAGUUCGUCAACUUCCUGCGCCACCCCAAGCAGUACCAGGACCUGGGCGCCAAGAUCCCCAAGGGAGCGAUCCUGACGGGUCCGCCCGGCACUGGGAAGACGCUGCUGGCCAAGGCCACGGCGGGGGAGGCGAACGUCCCCUUCAUCACCGUCAACGGCUCCGAGUUCCUCGAGAUGUUCGUGGGGGUCGGCCCCGCCAGGGUGCGUGAUAUGUUCCAGCUGGCGCGGAAGAAUGCUCCGUGCAUCCUCUUUAUCGACGAGAUCGACGCGGUCGGGCGCAAGCGCGGCCGCGGGAACUUUGGGGGCCAGAGCGAGCAGGAGAACACGCUCAACCAGCUGCUCGUGGAAAUGGACGGCUUCAACACGACCACCAACGUGGUGGUGUUGGCUGGGACGAACCGCCCCGACAUCCUCGACCCCGCGCUGCUGCGGCCUGGACGCUUCGACCGGCAAAUCUUUGUCGGGGCCCCGGAUAUCAAAGGCCGCGCCUCCAUCUUCAAGGUCCACCUGAAGCCGCUCAAGACAGAGCUGGCGCUCGACAAGGCCGCCAUCUCCCGCAAGCUCGCCGCCCUCACGCCCGGCUUUACAGGUGCGGACAUUGCGAAUGUGUGUAACGAGGCGGCGCUCAUUGCGGCACGGCACCUGAACGAGGCGAUCAGCGAGAAGCACUUUGAGCAGGCCAUUGAGCGGGUCAUCGGAGGGUUGGAGAAGAAGACACAGGUGCUGCAGCCGGAGGAGAAGCGCACGGUGGCAUACCACGAGAGCGGCCACGCCGUCGCCGGGUGGUACCUGGAACACGCCGACCCCCUCCUCAAGGUGUCCAUCAUCCCGCGGGGCAAGGGCUUGGGCUACGCCCAGUACCUGCCCAAGGAGCAGUACCUGUACUCGCAGGAGCAGCUCUUUGACCGCAUGUGCAUGACGCUGGGCGGCCGAGUGGCCGAGCAGCUCUUCUUUGGCCGAAUCACGACGGGAGCGCAGGACGACCUCCGCAAGGUUACGCAGAGCGCCUACGCGCAGAUCGUGCAGUUCGGGAUGAACGAGAAAGUGGGGCAGGUGUCGUUCAAGAUGCCACGGGAAGACGACAUGCUGAUGGAGAAGCCGUACAGCGAGGCGACGGCGCGGCUCAUCGACUCGGAGGUCCGAGAGCUCAUCAACAAGGCGUACGUGCACACCAUGGAGCUGCUCACCAGCAAGAAGGACGACAUCGAGAAGAUCGCCCAGCGGCUCCUGGAGAAGGAGGUGCUGAACAAGGCGGACAUGGUGGAGCUGUUGGGCCCUCGCCCGUUCGCUGAGAAGUCGACGUACGAGGAGUUUGUGGAGGGGACGGGCAGCCUAGAGGAGGACACCUCGCUGCCCGAGGGCCUCCGGGACUGGAACCGCGACCGGCAGCCGCCAGCGGAGGGCGCGGCCGGAGAGACGGGGGGCGGCACGGACGGCGACGGGAAGCUGGUGCCGCCGCCUGUGUGUUUGGGGGGUGGGGAGGGGGGCGUGCGAUGGGUGCAGGUAACCACCCACCUCCCCCACCGUGGGGAACGUGGGGGGGGGGGCGGUGUUUUAGGUGCACUCUUGCCACCCAUGUGUGUGUGUGAGUCCUGGGUGUGAGUGCACGUGUUUGUGAAUGGGUGCGAGUGUGCAAUUAGGUAUGGGUGUGUGCGAUUUGAGUCAGUAUGUGUGUGCAAGUGCACGUGUGUGAAUGUGUGUGUGGGGGUAAUGUUAUGUGUGCAUGUGAAUAGGAACUUGCUAACAGCACUUGCCCCAAGUGCAGUCUGCCAAAGACUACAUAGGGGGGUCUGUAUGUGUGUGAGCAUCUUUGUGGUUUGUGUGGAUCUGUGAGUGUGAUGGUCAUCUUGUGUCGGUGCAGUGUAAUCAACCAUGCCCCCCCCCCCCCCACAACCUGAGCGUGUGCGGUUGUGAGUGACCUUGGGGAGCGGUAGUAUUACGGACAGCGCGCUGCGCUACGAAUCCGACGAUGCGAGUUCGAUUCCCGCUCGUGGCACACACCGGUGACGAUUAUCUGAACCGCGCCUCUGCUAGGUCGACUCAGCCUCAAAUGAGUCCCUGGUGAGAUGUGUAAAACAUCUCCACAAGGAAGACAAAGGUGGCCGGGCGUGGUGCCUGCCACCCACCCCCUUUGUGUGCCAUGCCGGCCUUCAUAGGUCCUCGCCAACAGUACUUGCCCCAGCAGUCUGUUAAGGCUUUAUGGGGGAUCUUUGUGUGACUGAACGAAUUGGCACACACUUGGGUUUGAAUGUACGGGACGAUAAUUUCACUCCGAGUGGCAGCUCACGGAACCCACGUCUGUCACGGUUAUCGAGCACUCUCUGCUCCUUUUGGCUUUGUUCUAAAUUCACUCGGAGUCACUCUUAGGCUGGGGCCGCCUUACCCGACCGGCCAAUCACCGGACGUCUUCCUAGGCGAUCCGAUCGUUUCCCUCGUCACUGGCUCACCCGUGGCGUUCUACAGCCCAGAGAAGUUAACGUUUUGUGUAGAGUUUUAUCAGGGGAAUAUUUACUAAUGGCGUUCUAUCGUAGCGGCGGUCGCCACUGAGUUCACGCUGUGUGUAUAUACGGGGAGCGGCGUUGUGUCUGCGUUGUGUGUCUGCGUUCUGCGUUACAUGCCGCCGUCACACACCCACGCACGCACCUAGCAGUGUCGCCGUUGAUUUUUGCGCAAAUAAACAAACUUGAGAAAUCGC